UGUAAAUAUUGAUUUCACAUGGCCGUUGUUUGUUUUCUUUUCGAAUUACGUUUUAAAAGCUAAUAUCCAUUUAGUUUAUCAGAUAAAUCAACUAAUUAAUUUCUUAUUAAUAUGCAGUGUGUCUCUAAAAAACAAUAAUAGCUGAAAAGCUUUUUAUGGUUUAGCUAAUCAUUACAUUUCCGACGCAAUAAUGUUUCAUAAAACUGAAAAUUCAUUUCUUCGUCAUAAAUUUCCAAAGAGUGAUGAUUUUGAAGAAGAACUUCAUGAUUUGUUUAAUAAGAAGUACCAAUUCCAAUUCAACAGUGAGUGGAAGCUGCCUGAUCGUGGUUCUUGGUUCUCCGCACCACCAUGGAAGGUUAAAAACUUAGAGACCAUGAAAACUCGUUUGAAUUUUCAUAAAAGUCAACUAAAUGACUUUAGUAUUGAAGAAUGGAGCAGUCACACACGACGACGUAAUCCUGCUGGUGAAGUGAGUUGGAAAGUACGAUGUCUAGUUAAUCCAGAAUUCUUGACACAAGCUUGGACGAAAUUUUAUGAAUGUGCUUGCACAUAUAACAUUGUGCCACAAGAGGCUAGGGAUUCCAGGAAAUUCGUCUCACUACAUUUGUGUGAAGCGCCCGGAGCUUUUAUUACAUCUUUGAAUCAUUAUCUCAAGUUACACCAUGAAAAUAUUCAAUGGAAAUGGAUGGCAAACACUCUCAAUCCAUAUUAUGAAGGGAAUUCACCAUCAAACAUGAUUAGUGACGAUCGCUUCAUGUUCCACACUCUUCAGAAUUGGUACUUUGGUGUGGAUAACACGGGAAACUUGAUGAAUUGGGAGAACUCACAGGCUAUUGUCAAUAGAGUCAAGAGAUUGGGAAAGGUGUUGCUGGUAACAGCUGAUGGUUCCAUAGACUGCAUGCAGAAGCCUGAUGCCCAGGAGGAAGUUACAUCACCAUUGCAUUAUUGUGAAAUUAUUACAGCCCUACAGUCUCUCAGUAAAGGUGGAACUUUUAUUUUCAAGCUGUUCACCAUAUUCGAACAUCCAACUGUGAGUCUGCUGUACCUUCUUAAUCAUCUGUUCAAAGAAGUAAACAUUUACAAGCCUAUCACAUCACGCCAAGGCAAUUCUGAAGUGUAUGCCAUCUGCCUACGAUAUAAGGAUAACAUACUUCUUGAAGAGUUUCUGCCUAAACUUCAGUCUACAUAUGGAACUGAACUGUACAAUAAUCUUGCACUCUUCCCUCUUGAAUUGAUACCAGAGAGCUUCAUAAAACAAGUUGAGGAAUGUGCUUAUUACUUCUGCUCACUACAGUGCCACGUUAUUAAUAACAAUCUCCAAGCUUAUCUCAUGCAAAAUAACAUAGCACUUCACAGAGACAUCAAGAAAAUAAGAGCUAUGGUGGCAGCCGAAUUCAUUUGGAAGUAUGAUUUAAAACCUAUAGACAAUGAACAAGAAAUUCUGAAAGGUAUUCUACAUGAAGAAAAUAAAAUCAACAACAAUCCCAGAUACUGCAGAGGCUCAUACACAGAAAGGCAAUUAUAUACAAAAAUGUCUAUGAAGGAAAAAUUGAGGAAUUUAAAUACUUCUCUGCAAGAUGAACUAUUAUCAAAUCCAUUGGUGUUGAUCAAUGAACCAGUCAGGUGGAUGGACAGGGAAGAAAAUGUGAAACUGGAGUUAACUUUCACAUACGGACGGCCAUUACAUGCUAUUAACAGUUCAAAAUUUAUUUUAGUGCCAAUUUUUAAGCUUUAUCAGCAAAUAUUAUCUGAGGAGGAAUUCAAAGAGGUUAUAAUGUAUAAAGCUGGUAAGGAACAAGCCAAUAUUGGAUUGGAUUUUCAUGUUUCGAAAGUGUUACAACUGCCUGAAUAUGAGUAUAUGGACGUUUACAGUGCUUAUGAGAAAAAUUGCUUCAAAAGUUUAGUCAAUAUGCUUAAGGGUAUGUCUGAUGAAGAGACUUUACUGCUGCAAAAUUUGAAUACUCUAACGCACUUUAAUGUGAGCGUUUUAUAUAUAUUAUGCAAGGUGUGCUUUCAGAAAACUGGCUUCACCUCCAGUGGCAAUAUAAUUUUGAGUAAACUGGAUAAAAGAUCUUUAGAACUGCUAAAUGUGAUUGAUCUUGAGUGUGAAAAGUUCAAGACCGAGCCAAAUAAAGAUGUUCUCAAUUCAUUGCCCGUACAAGUUACUAAUGUUGGUGAAUUUUUCAAUAAUAUUGUCUUCUAUAAUAACACAUUCUAUAGAAAUAAAUGCACUGAGUAUCUUAAUAUUUUAGAACAGUCCCUUUAAACUGUACGAAAAUAGUAUAUACGAAAAUAGGGCUGAGUUAAAUGAUUCGUGAUGCUAACAGUGAUUAGUAAACGUAAGGUGUAUGUUGAUAUUAUGGAUUUCCAGGAUGAUCUUAAAUAUAAUUUUACUUGAAAUAUUUAUUAUAUAAUAUAAUUUAUAUCAUUAUAUUCAAGAUGCAUUUACAGUGCUGUAGAGAGUAUUUUUUGAACUUUUAUUCAUGUAAACUUAAUAUUCUUGUUGUGUCCUGUUCUACAGUGUCAUUAAACUUUCUGAAUGUUA